CAAUCGCUGGGAACAUCUUUUCACGCGUCAUAAGAACCCGUGAUCUGUCUGGUAGCCGCUUCGGGCGCCUCAGACUCGUCCAUUCACGGACUCGCGCGAAUAGCUGGAUGUUCGUUUACAGGCUUCCAACUUGCAGUCUAUAAGAAUCUCGAUUCACUCGUCACAGGGUCCCGCUUCCCUUCUGUUGACCGCCUCCUCAGACUAUCAGCUAGCUAAAUAGCUUAUAAGCGAGCUCUGCGGAGUGCCCGAAGUUUCCUGCGAGAUGAAGAGCUUCCUGUUGCUCGCGCUGCUCUGUGCCACUACAGCCGCGGUCCCCGCCUUCGGGUCGCCUGACGACGUCGACGAUGUCAUCGUCGAAGGUUCCAAAGCGUUCUCGCUUCUCUUGCCCGCCGUCGCGCUGCCUUAUGCCGUAGCGCUGAUUGCUGUCCUGGUGCCUCUGGCCAAGGCCGUCGUCCUGGGCGCCAUGAAUGUGUUCAACCUGCCGUUCGAAGUGCUGCUGACCCUUUACUUCCUCCUGUACGUCGCCCUGUUCACGUUCCCGCAGCUGGCGUCGCUGCUCAAGGUGACCUCGGUCUUCACGGCGAGGUCCGACUCCGGGGCGACAGCGUACGGACUGCCACACUUUCCUGCGGGCGAGGCCGUGAUGGACUGGGCGCGAAACUUCGUACCCGAAUCGUGGGUGGCGGCGAUUAUGUCCGCGGCUGCUCCGGUCGUCACGACUCCCGAGGCGACGGGGGAGACUGCGUUGCUGCCGGAAGACGUGGCGACCACGACGGAGGGUGCGUCAACCGCCGCGACAACCGAGCCCGCCACCGCUACGACGUCGGCUUCGACGACCGAGGAGCCGACGGUUUCGCCGCUGCCCUCAAAAGCGCCCGAGGGUGUCUGGUCAACGAAACGUGUAGUCUCCUCCAAGAAGCCGGACAUGUCCGCUAAAUGUGCCCCGUUCAAGGUGUGCGACUCGGUCUCGAGGCUCGUCAAGGAUUAUCCUGUGAGCGUAAUGCUCAUGAGCUAUCUAAGCGAUUACCUCCAUGGGCUCAAGUACGAGCGUGCCAUUCGCGAAGGAAUGGCAGGCCUGAACUGCACUUCAAUCUACUCGCACUGUCAGUGAUGGUCAGCGCUCGCCCAGACACGUGCGAAACGACGAUGAAGAGUUGGUGUAAACGGCGGGAUCGUCUACAGUGACUCAAGACAACCGGUGACGUGCGACCUCUGUCGCACAUUUUAGUUGUAAACGUACAUUUUCAUCCGCGAAGAUAACCACUUAUCCAAAGGAACGCACAAAUAAAGUAUCGUUUUUAAUCGCAUGGUA